AUGGCCUACGACAGCGGCGCCGCACAGCUGAACAGCACCACCUACUUCCUGGUGAACGUCACCGACAUCAACGACAAUGAGCCGGAGUUUGAGCUGAAAGCCUACAGUGCCUCCAUCGAAGAGAACGCCCCCGUCGGCUCAGAGGUGGUUCGGAUCUUCGCCACCAGCAAGGACACGGGCGUCAACGCGGAAAUCCGCUACCUGAUCGUGGCCGGCAAUGAGAAUGACACCUUCUCGAUGGGCCUCAAGUCGGGCCUGGUGACGCUGGCUAAGCCAGUUGACUACGAGACGACCAAGGAGUACUUUCUCACGGUGAAGGCGGAGGACGAGGGCGUGCCGCCGCUGUCCAGUGAGGUCAGCCUGCGAGUGGCCGUGGGCGACGUGAACGACGUCAGGCCGCAGUUUGUCCAGCGCUCUUAUGAGAUUGUCAUUCGCGAGGACGCCCACGUCGGUGACCGCAUUCUGCAGCUAGUGGCCAUCGACCUCGACUCGCCGCCCAACGCCAAUCUGACGUACUUUUUCGCCGGAGAGCCGCGCCGCCUCUCCUACCGCGAGUUCGACAUUGACCCGGUGCUGGGCAUUCUCACCGUGGGCAGACAACUGGACCGGGAGAUGAUGUCCGCCUACAUCCUCGAGGUCUUCUGCACGGACAACGGCCACCCGAGGGCGCUCUCCUCCUCGGUGCUGAUCAANAACUGGACCGGGAGAUGA